AAUAAACGGGAAUAAACGCCGCGACUCGUAUGCCGUUGAAAUUUUUGAUUCUUUGACAACACAAUUCGUCAAUUCCAGCAAGCAGCCUUUAAAUUCCUCACGUUCCCCUAGGAAUCAGCAAAAUUGCCAUUACGCAAUUACCAUAUCUCUUUUUCUCCGUCUAUCUAUAACCAAAUUGUUGACAAUAAUAUCCUAGAGAAUCGAUCUAAUCAUUAUUGCAAGAUUAGAGCAAUCGCAUUUCAUAAUCAAAUCAACAGCCUCCAAAGCACAUAUUUUCUGCCAGAAUCUGUUAUUUUUUGUUUCUGGGUUCAAUUUCUCAAUUCGAUUCGAAGAGUUCUUUGAAAGAUCAUAAUUUUCGAAUGGCCGCAUAUGCGGCAACUUGGCGCUUGGCACAAUUAAGAACUUGGUCCUGCAGAACCCACUUGUUUGGUGCGAACAGGUUCGAAGCCAGACCCAUUUCGGAGCUAGCCAAAUCUAAUGGCAAACGCCUCUUUCUGGUCGACACAUUAGCCCUUGUGAGGAGAUUAGAGGCACAAGGAGUGCCAUCAAAGCAAGCGGAGGCUAUUACGUCCGCGAUGACUGAAGUGCUCAAUGAUAGCUUAGAAAACGUGUCUUAUUCCUUUGUUUCUAAAGGCGAGAUGCAAAAGAAUGAGAUGACUCAGGAAGCCAAUUUGUCCAAAUUCAAAUCUGAAGUUAAAAGCUCUCAGGAUCACCAUUUUUCUCUGUUACAACACGAGACUGAAAAACUCAAGAGCGAUAUAGAAAAAAUGCGCAGUGAGUUGAGAUAUGAAAUGGACAAAGUCACAGCUGGGCAGCGUUUGGAUCUUAAUCUUGAAAGGGGGAGAAUUCGGGACGAGUUGUCCAAUCAAAAUCAAGAAACUACUAACCUGACUAACAAACUCGACCGAGAAAUUCAUGCAUUGCGGGCUCAGUUGGAAGCUGCAAAAUAUGACGUGAUAAAAUACUGCAUAGGUACCCUUGCCUCUGUAUCUGCUGUUGGUCUAGCUGUGAUCCGAAUCCUGAUGUAAGUUUGCACUACAAAGUAAUUCCAAUUUUUGGAGGAAUUAUAUUGAUUAUCAUGUUCAAACUUCCUUAGAUAUUAAUGGAAAAGAAGAAAGGUAGAACUUCCUUCUACAUAGUAACAUUCAAAGCAACAUUGUAAUGUCUUGAUCUUUCAUUCCGUCAUAGUAGUAGCCGUAGGUGUAUUCUUUUUUGAACUUUGUGGUUGGCUUGUAAUCAAGUACUUGAUUAAUGCUGAUGGCUAAAUCCUGAUAUUUUAAGUAAAUUCAAGGAUUUUUCUAGUUAA